UGACUGAAGAUUUAACAGACGAUGGGCCAUAUGUACCCUGACGGCAUUUUGUAUAUAGAGACAUGUUGCUUGCUAUGGCAUCUGAGACUGAAAAGGCCAAUGCUCUUCUCCAGUCAUUCAGCACAGCUUCUGUUGUUUCAAGCCUAGGAUUGGGAAUUUUCUGCUUUGCAGCAGAUAGAUUUCUACAGUUUUCUUUGAUUCAACAAAAUGACUGGUUGCGGGCAAUCUCUGAUAACUCUGUGCACGGUGUUGUGGGUUUGUGGUCCUGGGCAAUAGUGAUUGGACUCAAGAAGAAAAGCGACUUUUCAGAGGUAUUUUUUGCUGGUUUCCUCUCAUCUGUGAUUGACAUGGAUCACUUUAUCCUAGCUGGCUCGUUUUCGUUAAAGGCUGCUGUGACACUUCCACAGAGACCAUUUCUUCAUUGUUCUACUGUGAUUCCAGUUGUGUGCCUGAUGCUGAAGUUUAUUAUGCACCUUUUCAAGCUGAAGGAUUCCUGGUGUUUUCUGCCCUGGAUGCUGUUUAUAUCCUGGACCUCGCAUCACGUUCGAGAUGGAAUUCGUCACGGCCUGUGGAUCUGUCCAUUUGGAAAGACUGCGCCCUUGCCAUACUGGCUUUAUGUGGCAAUCACUGCAUCUUUACCUCAUUUCUGUUCCUUUGUUAUGUAUUUAACAGGAACAAGGGAACUGAUGUCUAUAAAACAUGGGAUUCAUAUUGAUGUCUAAGGAUGUCACAGGUGGUUAUGGUUGCGUCACUGAAAUUAUUCC